CAACUGUCAAUUCUCAACUGUCACCGAAAGAGAGUGAGACGGUUGGUGUUUCUGUGGCUGCCUGAGAGGCACAGUAAUUAUGCCACAGACAGACAAGCAAGUAUGCAUCCCACCGGAGCUUCCAGAUUUGCUGAAGCAGUUCACAAAAGCUGCUAUUCGGACUCAGCCUCCAGAUUUGAUACAAUGGGCUGCCGAUUAUUUCAGUGCCAUGGCCCGUGGAGAGCUUCCUCCCGUAAGAGAGCGACCAGAUAGAGUGCCUAUAUCAACCCAUGCAGAGCUUACUCCAGAGCUCUUGAAGGUCUUGCACCAGAGAGUGGGUGGGAGGCUGAUAGUCCACGUAGAUGAACUGGCCCAAAUGUGGAAAGUGCUCAAUCUCCCAACAGAUUUAUUUGACAGUGUGAUGAACGUUGGGCGUUUUACUGAAGAAAUUGAAUGGCUCAAGUUUUUAGCUCUGGCCUGCAGCUCUCUUGGAGUUUUGCUGAAAACUGAAUUCAAAGCACAAGAGUGGUCUGCACUCCAUUAG